GUUGACAGAUGUUUAUUUGUAGAGCGUGUGUAUUUACCUCACAUUUAAUUUAAUUUUAAUGUGAAAUGAACGAAAACGAGGAUGAAGUUACAACAUUUUGUGAUUCUGCGGCAUCAUUGGUGGAAGGAUGUCGCUUGCCAGUUCGCAUGCAAGGAGGCGAUGAUUGGCCAUUAGCGGAAAUUAUAAGUAUUAAAGAAAUUAGAGGACAAAGAGGCUACUAUGUCCAUUAUGUUGACUUUAACAAACGUCUGGAUGAGUGGGUUGGGGAGUCAUGGCUGGACACAAGGAAAGUUCAGUUUCCGAGGCGAGACGGUGCACCUUCAGGUGGCACCACCACACCGAAGAAAACCCACAUAGGUUCAGGAGGUGGCAUAAUGCCUAAUUUCAUUAAUGAUAAUGUUUGCCCUGAGCCCCCGAAGUCUCUCAGUAACCAUAGAGAGACAUGCGCUAAACAACAACUGCAACCAAAAUUACCUGAAAAAAUACAUAAUACAAGUGCCCUUAAUGGUUCCGCACAAAAAUAUACACCGGUUUGUACAGCUAUAGCAGUGACCGUGGAGCCUCGUCAAUUGGUGUCCAGGCCGGCCAGCCCAACAUUGGUCAGCGAGACUAACACUCUUGUCAACGGUGGCGCAGUCCUUGCUGCCGCGUUGCAGAAGAAGAUCAACAGGAAGCGGAAAGCAAACUCCCUUGAUACUGAGGAGCCUCCACCCCAAGAAUCGUUAGAAGGCGGUACGGAGCAGGCAGCGAGUGGUACAGCCACGCCGACCGCACGGCCACGACAGUCCGGCAGUCUGGUGGCGCACGGCCAUGAUGACCUCGUCACACGUAUGAAGAACAUAGAGAUGAUAGAAUUAGGACGACAUAGGAUACGACCUUGGUACUUCGCACCUUACCCACAGGAAAUGGUUAACUUACCUUGUAUCUACAUAUGUGAAUUCUGUUUGAAGUACAGAAAAAGUAAAAAGUGCCUUGAGAGACAUUUAAUCAAAUGUAAACUGAAACACCCACCGGGUAAUGAGAUCUACAGAAAGGGAAGUAUAUCUUUCUUUGAGAUCGACGGACGCAAGAACAAAUGUUACGCUCAGAACUUGUGCCUGCUCGCCAAACUGUUCCUCGACCACAAGACUUUGUACUACGAUACGGAUCCAUUUUUAUUUUAUGUUAUGACAGAAUUUGAUGCAAGAGGAUUUCACAUAGUCGGAUAUUUUUCAAAAGAAAAGGAGAGUACUGAAGACUACAAUGUAGCGUGUAUUUUAACUUUACCUCCAUACCAAAGGAAGGGGUAUGGAAAAUUACUUAUAGAAUUUAGUUAUAAUUUAUCAAAGUUCGAAGGCAAAACGGGUUCUCCAGAGAAGCCAUUAUCUGACCUCGGUCUGUUGUCGUACCGCAGUUACUGGGCGCAGACCAUACUCGAUAUACUGAUGAAUGUACCGCCCGUUGCCGAUAAUGAGAAGCCCAUCAUUACUAUCAAUGAAAUUUGUGAAAUGACGAGUAUAAAGAAAGAGGACGUUAUAAGUACACUGCAGAAUUUGAAUUUAAUCAACUAUUACAAAGGGCAAUACAUCAUCUCAGUUAAUCAGGAAAUUGUACAGCAACAUGAGAAAGCGAUGGAGAAAAAAUGGCUACGUAUCGAUCCAGACUGCUUGUAUUGGACACCUAAAGAUUGGUCAAAACGUGCCAAAUGCGUAUGAAAUGUGUGCAAGAUGUGAGCUGUCUUUUGACUUCGAAACAUGUAGAGAAAAAAUCUGCUUCAAUGCGUGUUUAUUAAACGUGUUAAAUUUAAAUUUUCGUAAUAAAAAUAAUUUCUUCAAAAAUCCCUAAAUGUCUUCGUAUGUGUUCGUAGAUUAGCAUCAAUUUAGGUAAAUUUCUUCAAUCAAUUUGACUCUCAGUUUUAUUACUAAUAUAGUAAUAUUGUCUACGUGUUACAUAAAUUAGAACAAAUUGUUUUAAAUUUUAUUGUGAUAUUAAAGAAUAUCGUCGCUGUGAA